AGCUUUAAAAUCCCCGAGUGUCAGGUUUUGGUGGGGAUUAUUAAUUCUGGUAAAGAAGCAAAACAAUGAGGGAGGAAGCAAAGAUCUUCACACUUUCAGAAGUUUCAGAACACAACCACGCUCAUGACUGUUGGAUUGUCAUCAAUGGAAAGGUGUAUAAUGUGACCAAGUUCCUUGAAGACCAUCCUGGUGGGGAUGAAGUACUCUUGUCUUCAACAGGUAAGGAUGCAACGGAUGAUUUUGAGGAUGUGGGCCACAGCGAGAGCGCCAGAGAGAUGAUGGAACAGUACUACGUUGGAGAGAUUGAUCCAACGACUAUCCCAAAGAAAACUAAAUACACACCUCCAAAACAGCCUCACUACAAUCAAGACAAGACCUCUGAGUUCAUUAUCAAGAUCCUUCAGUUUCUUGUACCCCUUGCCAUUCUCGGUUUAGCAGUUGGGAUUCGUAUUUACACAAAAGCAGCGUAGUCUUCUUCAUUUUUUUUUAGCAUUACACCUACAUAUCUUACAAAUAUAUAGAGAGAGAACAAGAUUUAAGUCUUCUGAGAAGACAAAUCUUGAAGUCUCUAGUGUUGUUUGAAUGUUGUUCUGCACUGUUCUCAAGUGUUAUGAUGGAAAUUGCGUAUGAACAGCAGUCUUGCAGUAAUGCAACUGAUGUUGAUGUAUAAUUCAUAUUCUGAAACAGAGUUAUGACUUUGAGUGAUAUGUUUAAAGAUC